AUGGAACCUAAAUAUUUGAAGGUCAUGAAAUCUUAUGUCAGAAAAUACCCAUUGCAAGAUGGUGCAUCUUUCAAGACAUGCCAAUAUUGGCUUUUCCCAUGCUGUAUGGAUGAUCAUUUCAUGGUAUAUUGUGUUAACUUGAAGGAUCGUCGUUUCGAGUACCUUGACAGCUCUCCUUCUAAGCAUUUUCUAGAUCGAUUUAGGAGGGUUGGAGAGCUGGUCGUCCAGUAUGCAACAUCUUACAUUCAGCACAUCAUGCCAGGAAAGUAUGACUUUGAUAACGACUUCAAAUGGCGAAGGAUCACAAUUCCAUAUGAUGAUUUCACUAGUACUGGCAUUAUCUGUUUAAACUACUGUGAAGAAUGGGAAGGUGUGGCUACAAAGACGAUGAGGGAACAAUGGUCUUCUCCAACAUAUAUUUACAACCGGAAGAUUAAUGCUAUGCUGAAUUUGCUGAAUGGAUCAAGGAAUUUGAUGAUCGAGCAAUUGAGGAUGAAUGUGUCUUUUAGUGAAGAAUUGUUGUUGUCAUUAGGGAGUUCUAGUACUGGGUUUUCGCUUGACAAAUGA